GCAUCAUGUGUUGUUGUGGACUCCAAUUUUAUUGCAUCUCAUAAACCAACCAACCCACUUACUAUAUUAAUAAUACCACCCCCACUCUUCACUUCUCCGUCACUCUCCAUUCCAUUGCCUGCACUCACACGCAUUCAUAUUUCAGGGAACUACAUUGAGUCAUUGAGAUUGCUUGGAUUGUGUUCUGCAUAGCUGGUGUGGUUUAAUGGAGUUCUUUCACGCUGUAAUACAGCGACCGCGUGUAACCGCAUGGUUUUGGUUGUUGUUAAUUGUUUUUGUGAAUAAUGCGGAAAAAACCAUUGCGGCUUCCAAUUACUUGGUUGGUCUUGGAAGCUAUGACAUCACAGGGCCUGCUGCUGAUGUCAACAUGAUGGGAUAUGCUAACUCAGGUCAGACUGCUUCUGGCGUUCACAUUCGAUUGAGAGCUCGCACAUUUAUUGUGGCGGAGCCACAAGGAAACCGUGUGGUGUUUGUAAAUCUCGACGCUUGCAUGGCUGAACAACUUGUAACAAUCAAAGUCCUUGAGAGGUUGAAGGCAAGGUAUGGGGAUUUAUAUACAGAGAAAAACGUUGCCAUUAGUGGUAUACAUACGCAUGCAGGCCCCGGUGGCUAUCUGCAGUACGUAGUGUAUAUUGUCACAUCUCUAGGAUUCGUACGCCAAUCCUUUGAUGCAUUAGUUGAUGGCAUUGAACAAAGCAUCAUACGCGCGCAUGAAAACCUUCAUCCCGGAUCAGUAUACGUGAACAAAGGAGAGAUCUUAGACGCUGGUGUUAAUCGCAGUCCUAGCGCUUAUCUUAACAAUCCUGCAUCAGAACGUGUCAAGUAUAAGUAUGACGUGGAUAAAGAAAUGACCCUUUUGAAGUUUGUAGAUGAUCAGUGGGGUCCAGUGGGUUCCUUUAACUGGUUUGCUACUCAUGGAACUUCAAUGAGCCGUACAAAUGAGUUGAUCAGCGGGGACAAUAAAGGAACUGCUGCACGCCUUAUGGAAGAUUGGUUUAAUCAGAAAAAGGAUGCAAGAACUGCUAAUGAAAACCGACGCAGAGUUUCUAAUAUUGUUCAGGGUGCUCAAGUAAACCACCAUGAGCUCCUGGAACUAGCAGCGUCUUUCGAGUCUGUUUCGGGUAAACCAGUAACCAAAUACUUGAGCAUAUCGAGACGUGUUAGAAGUUCUCUUAGGACUGCAGAAAGGCCAAGUUUUGUAUCUGCAUUUUGUCAAUCCAAUUGUGGGGAUGUGAGUCCGAAUGUGCUUGGGGCGUUCUGCACCGAUACUGGGCUACCCUGUGACUUUAAUCAUAGUACUUGCGGUGGGAAGAAUGAGUUGUGUUAUGGCCGAGGACCAGGGUACCCAGAUGAGUUUGAAAGCACCAGAAUUAUUGGAGAGAGACAGUUCAAAAAAGCUUCUGAUCUUUUUACCAGUGCAUCCGAGAAAUUAAAUGGAAAAAUUGAAUUUCGUCACACUUAUUUGGAUUUCUCACAGCUUGAGGUGACAAUUCCUAAACAAGGAGGCGGGAGUGAAACGGUUAAAACAUGUCCUGCUGCAAUGGGAUUUGCAUUUGCAGCUGGUACAACUGAUGGACCCGGUGCUUUUGACUUUACGCAAGGAGACACCUCCGGGAAUCCAUUUUGGAAGUUGGUGCGGAAUGUGCUUAGAACCCCAAGUAAAGAGCAAAAAGACUGUCAACAACCAAAGCCUAUCCUGCUUGAUACUGGGGAGAUGAAGCUACCAUAUGACUGGGCGCCAUCGAUUCUCCCGGUUCAGAUAUUAAAGAUAGGUCAGAUGGUUAUCCUCAGCGUACCUGGAGAAUUCACAACUAUGGCUGGAAGACGUUUACGAGAUGCUGUUAGUUCUGUUUUUAAGGAAAAAGUCCAUGUCGUCAUAGCUGGUCUAACUAACACCUACUCCCAAUAUGUUACUACCUUUGAGGAGUAUGAGAUGCAAAGAUAUGAGGGAGCAUCGACCCUAUACGGUCCACAUACUCUCAGUGCCUACAUUCAAGAAUUCAAAAAGCUUGCAACAGCCAUUGUCUCCGGAAAAACUGUUGAAGCGGGUCCACAACCACCAGAUCUACUUAACAAGCAGAUAAGCCUGCUACCAGGUGUGGUGGUGGACUCCACCCCACUCGGAGUCAAGUUUGGGGAUGUCAAGACUGAUGUCCCCAAAAAUUCCACUUUCAAAAAGGGCGACACAGUGACCGUUGUUUUCUGGUCAGCAUGUCCUCGAAAUGAUCUCAUGACCGAAGGUACAUUCGCUCUAGUGGAGUUACUCCAAGGGCAAGACACGUGGGUCCCAAUCUACGAUGACGACGAUAUUUGCCUUAGGUUCAAGUGGUCUAGGCCUUCAAAACUCAGUGCUAAGAGUCAUGCUACUUUAGAAUGGCGUAUCCCACAAUCGGCUGCACCUGGGGUUUAUAGAAUGAGCCAUUUUGGUGCAUCCAAGAACCUGUUUGGAUCGAUCAGCCAUUUUACUGGCUCGUCAAACGCCUUCGUGGUUAAAUAAAUUUCAGCAUAUUUGAACUAGUUUGGGAUCAAAAACUUGGUAGUGCAUAAAUUCAUUGUACACGAGCUAUUGUAUCAUGUAAUUUAUGUGUUUAUACAAAAGUUAAAUUAUAAUAUAUCAUCUUUUUGUAGUUCUUUCUAUUAAA